CCACGAUUAACAGGUUCCCUGUCCUUUAGCUCCUUGGCUCUGUGGCAAGAGAUAACCAGCAUAAGCUGACGACUACUUCCGUUUUCACCCGGCAGAAAAAAUGAACACAGUUUUAUCCAGAUUGAACACAAUCUUUGCCUUCACACUUAGUGUGAUGGCAGGGCUUACAUUUUGUUGCUUUUUAACAACAUUUUUUAACGACCACAAGGCACCAGUUUAUUUAGGAACAGGAAGAGUUAUAGUGAAGAAUGUACCAGAUUACAGUGCUGGAAGAGAGAAGAAUGACUUGGGAUUUGUUGUUUUUGAUAUGCAAGCAGAUCUGUCCAAAAUAUUUAACUGGAAUGUCAAACAGCUGUUUCUAUAUUUGACUGCUGAGUAUGAAUCCAAAGCUCAUGUUUUGAAUCAAGUGGUUAUUUGGGAUAAGAUAAUUAAGAGGGGAGAGAACUCUUUGUUGGACUACAGAAGUAGCAAUACUAAAUACUAUUUCUGGGAUUACGGAAAUGGUCUCAAGGGAAAUAAAAAUGUAACCUUGACCUUAUCCUGGAAUGUCAUACCAAACGCUGGAACAUUACCAAAGGUUAUGGGUGAAGGACAGCAUAGAGUGAAAUUCCCAGAUGAGUACCAGUCGUCCAAAUAUUAACCAACGAAAGACACAGAAACAAAUGCAAUCUCAUUUAUUGUAUGGUGCUAGGAAUUACCACCAUUGUUUAGCAACGGACAGAAUUUUCCAAUGAAUAUUU